ACGGUUUGAAUUUUGCACGUUGUAACAGACAGCAGGCACUGGGUGGGAAUAAAGAGCGAUCGGUACGUUUCAUUUCAGUUCCUACGUUUCAUUUCAGUUCCUAACAUCCUCUCCUGCCUUCGCCGGCCGCUCCACACCCCUUUUCCCCUACUCUCUCUCUAUCCAUACAUGCAUUUUCAGAUUCGCUAAUUCCAAACUUUCGGAAAACCUGAUUCUCUACUCAAUGCAAAGCUCAUAGAUCUCACUUCAGCCCAAUUCGGUGCAACUCUCGGUUGUUUUGUUUUCCCCAAAGAAAUGCAGAGCUCUUCCGGCUCGGUGGCCCAACUGCAGGCCAUACUGGAGUGGCUCCAAAAGGAGAUGGGUUACCGACCCUUGGGUCCAUACAGCGCCUCGAGCGGCAAGUCACAGUUGCCCUCCAUAGACUCGCUUCGCAGGAUUUUCCGCGGGAACAUGAUCCCGGUCUGGAAUUUCUUGAUAGCCCGCGUGAAGUCGGCGAAGACGGCUGAGAACAUUCGGAGGAACAUUACGGUUCAUGGCGGUGGCGAUAGUGCUAGCAGUAGCGGCAGCGGCAGUGGCAAAGAGGAGGUUAGGGGUAGAGGGAGGCGGAAGGAUAGUGCCCGUGAGGGGGGUGUGGCGGAGACUAGGGAAGCAGCGUUGCAAGACAGGGAAUCGGCGGCCAAGGAGGUGGAGAGGUUGAGGCAAAUCGUGAGGAGACAGAGGAAGGACUUGAGGGCCAAGAUGCUUGAGGUUUCGAGGGAGGAGGCCGAGCGCAAGAGGAUGCUUUAUGAGCGUGCCAAUUACAGGCACAAGGAAGUGAUGUUGAAGGCUUAUGAGCAACAGUGUGAUGAAGCCACAAACAUAUUUGCAGAAUAUCACAAACGUCUUCAUUACCAUGUCAAUCAAGCAAGGAAUGCUCAGAGGUUGAGUGAUGACUCUUCAGAUGAAGUAAGUAACAGCUUUAGUGCGAACAGUGAAAAGGAAGCUGUUUAUUCAACUGUUAAGGGAAACAAGUCUGCAGAUGACGUGAUUCUUAUUGAGACUAAUUGUGAAAGAAAUAUCCGAAAGGCAUGUGAAUCUCUUGCAGCGCAUAUGAUUGAAAAAGUAUGCAAUUCUUUUCCUGCUUACGAAGGAAGUGGUAUUCAUUUGAAUCCUCAAUUGGAAGCAGCCAAGCUGGGCUUUGAUUUUGAUGGUGAAAUACCUGAUGAGGUUAGAACUGUUAUAGAAAAUUACUUGAAGAGUCCUCCUCAAAUGCUUCAAACGGUUACUGCAUACACUCUACAGUUGAAAACUCUGAUUUCUAGAGAAAUUGAGAAAAUUGAUGUUAGAGCUGAUGCAGAAACUUUAAGGUACAAAUAUGAGAACAAUAUAGUUAUGGAUGCAUCUUCUACUGAUGUGAACUCACCAUUACACUAUCAGCUUUAUGGUAAUGGAACUAUUGGAGGAGAUGUACAUUCUAGAGGAACUCAAAAUCAACUUCUUGAAAGACAGAAGGCUCAUGUUCAACAAUUUUUGGCUACUGAAGAUGCACUGAAUAAAGCUGCUGAAGCUAGGGACUCAAUUCAAAAACUUGUAAAAUGUUUGCAUGGAAGUAGUGACGUAGUUUCUUCACAUUCAUUUAGUGUUGGAGGUGCAUCACAGAAUAUGGGUAGUCUUAGGCAAUUCGAGUUUGAGGUUUGGUCAAAGGAACGAGAAGUUGCUGGGUUGAGGGCAAGUUUCAAUACACUAAUGGCUGAAGUACAGCGCUUGAAUAAAUUACGUGCAGAAAGGAAAGAAGCGGAAGAUUCUUUGAAAAAGAAAUGGAAGAAGAUAGAAGAAUUUGAUGCUUGUAGAUCUCAACUCAAAACAAUAUAUACUGCUCUUCGAAAGGCGAACAUGGAUGCUGCUGCAUUCUGGAAUCAUCAACCACUAGCUGCAAGGGAGUAUGCAUCAAGCACUAUAAUUCCAGCAUGCACAGUCGUGAUGGACAUUUCAAAUAGUGCAAAAGAUCUUAUUGAUAAAGAAGUUUCUGCUUUCUAUCAAAGUCCAGAUAAUAGUAUCUACAUGCUUCCAUCGACCCCACAGGCACUCUUGGAAUCCAUGGGUGCCAAUGGAUCCACUGGAUCUGAAGCUGUCGCUGCUGCCGAAAAGAAUGCUGCUAUUCUGACUGCAAAAGCUGGUGCCAGGGAUCUAUCUGCAAUUCCAUCAAUAUGCCGGAUUUCUGCUGCGCUUCAAUAUCAUUCUGGCUUGGAGGGUUCAGAUGCUAGUUUAGCAUCGGUAUUGGAGUCCCUUGAGUUCUGUUUGAAACUUCGUGGUUCCGAGGCAGUGUUGGAAGACUUGGCAAAGGCAAUAAAUUCAGUUCAUAUACGGCAAGAACUUGUUCAAAUCGGUCAUGCAUUGCUGAACCAUGCUUACCGUGCUCAACAAGAAUAUGAAAGGACAGCAAGUUAUUGUUUGAAUUUGGCUGCUGAACGAGAAAAAACUGUUACGGAGAAUUGGUUGCCUGAGCUUAAGACUGCAGUUUUGAAUGCUCAAAAGUCCUUGGAAGAUUGUAAAUACACUAGGGGAUUGCUUGAUGAGUGGUGGGAGCAGCCAGCGUCAACAGUUGUUGACUGGGUCACGGUGGAUGGCCAAAAUGUUGCUGCUUGGCAUAAUCAUGUUAAGCAGCAGCUUCUUGCGUUUUAUGAUAAGGAGCUCUUGUGAGUGGAUUUUUGAGGCUAGGAUGUAACAAAUCAUUAUGCCAAAUCACCGUGGCCAUAUGGAAGCAGUGUGCAUGCAGCACCGGAUGGUACUGCUAGUGAUGCAUGCGAAGGGAUCUGUCUCAGAACAUCUUUUUAAUUGUGGUUUGACAUACGGCCAGGCCAAUCUAAUUUUGUCCAUGAUGGCCCUCCUCCUCGGGGAGAUCAUUUUUUUGUAUUACAAGCUAUUCAUAGUGUUGGGUUUCGGGUGGUUUAUUAUCCCUUUUCGGGGGCUUGAUUAGUGCCAUGUAAUCUUAGCGACAUGUGUUUGUACUUGAUUGUUUGACAUGGCUAUAGUUGAAGUGGAAUGCAUAACGAUCCCCCUCAUUAACAGCA